AUGGAGCGCCCGGAGCCGUGGUUGAUGUUCUUGGAGAGCGAGGAGGCGUUGUACGUGGGGGCGGAACCGACGACGGAGCUCGGAAAGCCGAGCGCGGCGACCGGGAGUCGAAACGGCGUGAGUUUGCAUCGCCUGUACGAACUCGCGACGAAAACGAUUCCGAGACGAGGGAACGUGAACGAUGAGAACUAUGUGCGAAUAUGGCUCGGGCUGGCGAGGCAACAGAUGCUGAGCAACAUGGACGACGCGAGGGACACGUUUAAAUUUUUAAAGUCGUGCGGCAUCGGACACAAGCACGCAAUUUAUUGGUGCGAGUGGGCGGCGUUCGGGUUCACGUUCAAGGGGCGGGAAAAGGCUGUGAAGAUUUUGAAGCGCGGGCUGGACUCCAGGGCGGAGCCGAGAGGUGCCAUCGAGUGUUUCCUCGCCGAUAUCGAGGGGCAGCGGUACGAGCCGGUGCAACACACCCAGCACACGCCGUUUCCAUCGCUCGCGCCGCAGUACACGUCCGCCAUCAAACCCGUGAAACCGCGUCACGCAAACGAGAUGGAAGAUGACACGAGAGCCGCGCCUAAGGCGCCCGUCGUGGCGACGCCUGGAAAUCUAUCCAAACGCGCCGCGGCGUUGGCAAACUUUCAAGCGACGCCGACGGCGAAAUUCACCGCGCCGACGCAUCAGGCACCGACGCAUCAGGCCGCUGGAACCGCGUACGUCACUUCGUCGACAACCAUGCCUGGAAGCGUGAGCAGCUAUCACAGCGCGCGGACUAAUGGUUUUCGAGGCGCUGGAGAGAAGACGGAGAAUUCAAUGCCGCCUCCAUCCUCGAGUGGAAUGGACGCCACGGUGACGCUACGAAGUAGACUGGCUGAGGCCAAGGAGAAGUACAGCGCCAUGAGCGCGUCCAGAGCGCUGGUAGCUGAGCGUACACCGUCCGCGGCCGAGCACACGCCGAUGGAUCCGCCGAGGGGGGCACCAUCUCGACCGCGAGCGACAGAGCACACUCCCGCAACUGGCGGCGAGCGGCGCGUCGAGAGCGGCGCCAUGGCGAGCGCGGAUAAGCAUCCGAACCGUCCACGUGAGGAUGACAACACGGUCUUCGUGAAUGGGGUCAAAUACACGAAGCUCGAGUGCGUUGGACAAGGGGGGACAUGUAAGGUUUUCAAGGUGGUUUCUCCGAAGCGGAAAAUUUUGGCUCUCAAACGUAUUCGUCUGGAUGGCAAGGAGAACGAGACCGUCGCGGGGUUUAUCGAUGAGAUCAAGCUACUGAAAACGUUGCGAGGUCGGGAUAAUAUCAUUCAGCUCAUCGAUGCGGAGGUUUGCCCGCGGGAGAAGCUCAUCUUCAUGGUGCUAGAGUUCGGCGAAAUUGAUCUCGCUCACAUGCUCGCCAAACGCGAGAAACAGCGCGAGAACAACGGCGGCGGAGGUAUCGACGACAACUUCUUGCGCUUGUACUUUGAGCAAAUGGUCGAGGCCGUUAAUACAAUUCAUGAAGAGCGCAUCGUGCACAGUGAUCUUAAGCCUGCGAACUUCUUGUUCGUUGAGGGCGCGCUCAAGUUGAUCGAUUUCGGCAUCGCGCGAGCCAUCCAGACUGAGCAAGCUCCGGAUCAUACCAACAUCGUGCGCGACCAUCAGGUUGGGACAGUUAAUUAUAUGUCACCGGAGGCUAUCUUGAACGGGCAAGCGUCCGCGUUAGGCGGGCCGAUGAAGGUUGGACGCUCGAGCGACAUAUGGAGUCUCGGCUGCAUUCUGUACCAGAUGGUUUAUGGACACACACCGUUCAGCAAAAUCACGGGGAUGAUUCAAAAGCUCCACGCCAUCACCGAUCCUCGUCACGCCAUCUCGUUCCCGCCUCUGCCGGUUGAUAAUCCAGCGCUUAUUGACCUCAUGCGUCGAUGCCUGGAGCGAGAUCCGAGGAAGCGGAUAUCCGUCAAGGAGAUCCUCUCACACAAAUUUCUGCGACCCGUCGCCGACUUGGCUUCCCCGGCUUCGGCCGACGCGGGGCUGUCGAUGACCCAGCUCGCCGACCUCUUGGCCCAGAUCCAGAAAUACGGCGCCAACGUCGAUGUCGGUGCCGUCACGACGGAGGUUUUCCGACAGAUCUCCGCCGGCGAGCCCGUGGCGCUCUCACCGAUCGUUCGCCGGCACUCACGCUUGGCACGGUACGGCGACGAAAACGUCGCGCCGUCGUGA